ACAUUAUAUUCUGUGAUUUUAAUAAUUAAUAUUGCUAUCUGAAUAAAUCUUAUCUUCUAAGUAGAAAUUAGAUUUUGUUAUCAAUUGAGACAGCAUGUCGGAAUCAGUAGUAGCUUCAGGAGCAUCGGUGGCUAGUGCUGAUGAGCAGCGCUCAGGAGCGGGCUCCGAUGAGAAGGUAUACGGCGGCUGUGAGGGUCCGGACGCGAUGUACGUAAAGCUUGUGUCAUCCGACGGGCACGAGUUCAUCGUGAAGCGAGAACAUGCGUUAACAUCCGGUACUAUCAAGGCUAUGCUCAGUGGACCCGGACAGUUCGCCGAGAACGAGGCCAAUGAAGUGAACUUUAGAGAGAUACCAUCGCACGUUCUCCAGAAGGUGUGCAUGUACUUCACAUACAAAGUACGUUACACGAACUCCUCCACGGAAAUACCAGAGUUUCCCAUCGCACCAGAGAUCGCGUUGGAACUACUUAUGGCUGCCAACUUCCUCGACUGUUAACGCCCUGAUUUCGAAACUAUUAUGCUAUGUAAAAGUCGAUUUCAACUCUAAAGCAUUAAAAGUUUUAUUUCCUAUUUCAUAUUCUAACAUGGUAUUAAUUGUAUCCAACAAGUUAUUGUAAACAUUGUAGUUUUUAUAGAAAGCAUUCAGUUAACUAUUUUUCAUGUAUUAAUAUUAACAGUGAAUUUACAUUAUACUAAUUGAAAUGUAUUAUACAUACCAGGCGGUUUGUGUCGUCGCGGAUGGAUGUUGAUUAUUCGAAGCGAAGCGACGAUAUCAUUAUAUCUACCGUUAGAUGUACAUCAUACAUUAUAAUUUUUCUUUCGCCAAGCGGCAGAGAACACGCUGUUGUAUUUUGGUUAGAAGUAUAAAAAAUUUAGUAUAAACGCAUGUUGAAAUUUUUAAAAGGCAAUUUGUCUUAUUUACAAAUACCUUAACUGGAAUUAUUUACUUGCUAGUGAAUUGUAUUAAAUUAUUUUUUCUAACUAUUAGCUGUUCUAACAUAUGUUGCUAGUGAAAUACCAAGAACAGUUUAAGAAAUUGAUUGUAUGUUCGAGUAUAAUUAAAACGCUACACGCGUGAUCCUAAAUUAUUAUUAAAAUGGUUUUUGUUACCUCAUAUUUCUAUAUGAGUUAUAAAAAUAUAUUAUAUACAUUUUUAAUUCAGAAAUGGAAUAAAACACUUUUUUAUACUUUUAAGUUUUUGAUAAUCCCAAAUUUUACAUUAUAUACACAAGUUUAGUUACAGUCUUCUAUGUAAAAGUUUUUGGUGGCCUUCAUUUCAAUUUGCGCGUUAGCCAACAGGCUAGUUUUAUAGUUUUAUAUACCCUAAGUACAGCUUUUUAAGCCUUGUAAGCUUUAUAAAAGGAGUGACUUAUGAUGGUGGUGAUGAUGAUGAUAAUAAUGACGAAUCUGUGGCUGAACGUCAUAAAUCUGUUACGGUGUCCUUAUACAUGAAUAGGUGUACAGAUGAGUUAUCUAAUCGGAACAGGGAUGUACGGACACUGGUUCUGACAGCUUCACUCGUGUCGGUCGAUGUUCUGGGGCGGUGAGCACCGUCCAGGCACGUGAGUGUACUGUGUACGGGUAUGGUGACAUGUGCUUCAAUACCGCCACACGUUCAUAGCUAUAUAGACUUAUUUGUAGUUUGCAAACAGUGACAGUGUCAACUAUUGUCUAUAAUGAGGGUAUCCGCAACUUUUUCAGAGCGGCGCUACUUUGGAAUGAGGUGAAAUAUUUCAUAGGUUUCUUUUUGAAAUAUGAGUUAUAUUUUUUAUUAAUAAGAUUAAGGUGGGAAAACCAAACUACGGAUAUUCCUAAAAAUAAAAGAAAUAAACAGAGUAAAAAAAAGUGCAAAAAUUGAAGCAACCACCGAGGUAUUGGGUAUAUACACAACACUAGAAACCGAAAAACUAACACGCAACUUCUCACUAAUGGUGACACUGUGUACCAAAAAACUGCACUUCAGUCCCAACUAGCGACAUCUGGUGUGCGGAAUUAUUAGCCCUCAUUACUAUAUUAAAGGAAUGUAUACUUUAGAAUUAUUUUCUUAAAGGCUAAAGUAUACCCCUUGAGAACUAUUACGGCUGAUUUUGUUUUGUAUUAAAAGUAAAAAGUGUGUGUUAUCUAAUACUCUAAUAAAAAUACUUAUAUUCUUAUUCAAUUUAAUUUAUUGAACUUUUUAAUUAUGGUCUUUUCUGGGACCAUACAUGCCUAAGCAACUUGUGGGAGAAAUCGGUAAUAUCACAACAAUUUAUGUUGUAGAAGCGUAGAAGAUUUUUUAUUUAUUUAAGCUCUUAAUUCAUAUUGAGAGUUCAAAAGUGAAGAGACAAAUUCUUCAAGCAUUCAGAGCAAAGUGUUUUAUUAACACAUACAUUUUUCCAUAAUGUUAAUAGAAUUGAAUAAGCUCCUUAACAUUUUAGUGGGUACUAAGCAUUCGUUUCGAUGCUCUUCGACUGUGUCGAUGUAAAUUGUAAAAACGAAUGAUUUUUUAAUGUGAUUAAUAAAGUUUUUGUCAAUUUACUAACUAUAUUUAUUUGAGUUUUUCAGUCCCAUAUUAAUACUUACCGAAAAUAUGAUUUUUUUUGCGUCCUGGAUGUGUAAUUUUUUAGUUUUUAAGGAAGCACUGUGGUAUGUUUACCGUUAGAGCAUUCGAAUGCUACUAGAUUAAAAGCGCACCCAAAUGUUCGAGUGGGCGCUCAUUCGGUAAGGACAUUUUUUGUCACUGAUUCUGUAUCUAGUUUUUUAAUAGUCAUCAUCAUUACAGCCUUUCAUAAGUCAUAAGGGACAUAACUGUGCCAGAAUACAUUAUUAGCAAUCUUAAAACUACUUUCAAAACGAUAUUGUAAAUAAAAGCCAUUCAUUGU